GUGUUCACUUGUUAAAUUUCUUAUAGUGGUAUUGCUUAAAUUGCUACAGUGUGAGUGUAGAACCAGAUUGAACGGAAAAAAUAAUUUAUUGAAUUUAAAAAUAAACAAAACAGGAACAAUAUACAAGAAUAAGAAUAAAUAAAACAUGGAUAAUAUGAGACAGUUACCAAAAAUUUCAUUUCAUGACAUAUCGCCGUUUGAAUAUAAAGAAAUUAUGUCAUUCCUAAUGCAACAUUACUACCCUGAAGAAAUUCUAACAGUUUCAAUUCAACCCAAAGAACCAACAACACCAGAUAUAGAAUUUACCAUGGAAGCCAUCCAAGAAGGUUAUUCUGUUAAAGCCAUCAUCACAUGUGAAGAUGAAGAUUGUGAUGGUGGAGAAGAAAUAAUUAAUGAUAAAGUAGAGAAUUUGACAAUUCAAGUAGAUACAUGUACAAUUGUGGAUGAAACGAAGAAGGUCAUACAAUACAAAAAUGGUAUUUUAUCAGCAGAUCCAUCAACUAAUAUUAAUUUAGUAAAUGAAUCAAAUUCACGAUCCAAGAAAGAAAUAAUUGUAGGAGUCGCUAUCAAUGGUUCUAUUGAACCUGAUGAUGCCAAAAUUAUGUUAGAAGAAGCUGAUAAGUGCGAAGAUGGGAAAUGGUCAACUAUAUUAAGGUUUUUGGCAGAGUUGGAGCGAGAUGCAGAUGUCUGCAAAAGAUUUCGUGCUGAGCGCGGCCUUCACACUCACGUCAUGGCCGUGCAUCCUGAUUAUAGGGGCCUAGGCAUAGGUACUUUGCUAUUAGAAGCAUCAGCAUUACGAGCUAAAAAUUCACGAUUUGGUGUGUACAGCGUGGAUUGCACCAGCGCCUAUUCUACAAGAGCUGCACAACGAUGCUCAGGAUUGACCGCCUUAAGAUCUGUCAGAUAUGAAGAUUACAAGAAUUCCAAAGGCGAACAAGUAUUUAAACCUCAAGAUCCAGUAUUACACCACUCUGUUACUACAUUUGUACAAAAUUUUGGAAUACCAGAAAUAGCUUAAUUUGCACUUUUAGUAAAAUUUUAAUUAUUUACUCAUAGUUAGCA